ACCAUACCGUCGCGUCGUAAUGCAGGCACUACACAAUUCAGUGUAGAUCUAUUUUAAGCCCACCCCAGGAAGUACGCUAAAAAUAUCUCAGUCAUCUGUCGCAUUUAGUCAGUCGACCAAUAGCAAACGAUUUUUUUCUUUGUAAUUAUUAAGUAAUGUAUCUGUGAUGAAGUGUUACAUAGUUUUCUUCAAAAAGAACGCUGGAGAAAUGGUAAAAGCUUCCACUCAACCAAAAACUAGGGCUAGACCUAUAGGGUUUGGCAGAAGGGUGUAUAAGUUUUUCAAAAAUGUUGGAUUGUUAGGUUUUAGUAAGAGAAACAACAUAUACGGAGUGCAUCCACUCAUAAUUUCCACUGCCUACAUUAUACUGACUCUGCUGUUGGCCGCCAUAUCCAGGAAAGUAGUAAAAUUAAUUUUCGGCGAUUCAGAAUCACUAGUCAAACAGAUAUUACUAGAAUUUAUAGCUACGUUAGAACUGUGUGCGGCAUGUUUUGAAUUGAUCAUAGUUGCAGAUAACUGGGGUGUAGGUGCAUACGCCCUGUAUCUCUUCCUUCUAACGAUAUGGUGGUCACUAAAAUGGGAGGACGCCUCUGCAUGUCCUUAUGCUCCAUUAGAACAAGUCUUCGAGGGCUCCAAGAAUGUCAAAACUGCCUUACUUAUUGUAAUUUCACAAGUCCUAGCAGCACUAGUAACCUUCAGGUAUGUCCAGGUGCUGUGGGCAUUAGAAUUAACAGAGACGCACCAAGGCAAAGCCUACGAGGAUUGUACCGCAGACCUGCAAGUUGACAUGAUCACUGGAGCCAUCAUAGAGGCCGUUGCAACAUGUUUGUGUAGGUUAGUUUCCAGGACAUUAUCAGAAACUGAAGCCCGGUUGUCUACAGUGUUUGAUGCCUUUUUUGGUACUGCAAUGGUCGUACUAGCAUUCAACUUUUCUGGAGGCUACUUCAAUCCAGCUCUGGCUACAUCGUUGAAGCUUGGCUGUGAAGGAAACGAUUUCGUAGAGCACAUGGUGGUCUACUGGCUAGGUGCGACGAUUGGUUCCCUGAUAUCUGUGUUCAUAUCGAGAACCGAAUGGUUCCAAAACAAAAUUCAGAAUCUGAAACCAAAAGAAAAAGAAGAAUAAAAUAAUGUUAAGUUCUAAGUCGCUUGAUCUUAAGAUGUCCUGUAAUUAAAACACCUCUUGUCUCCUAAAGACUCCAGUUCCAUGGAUAUACUAGUUCUGGUUCCAUUUGCAAAUAAAUCAUAAGUAAUUUCGCCAGUUUGUAUAGAAAAGCCUAUUCAAAUCGAAAAUUCCUAAUGGAAAGUUUUCCAUUAAACCAAUUCCCUGGAGAUGCCGAAGCACUACUAGGUCUGGCAACGCUGCGGUGUGCUAGUCGUGGCAUCUACUAUUGACUUAACCAGUCACAAAACAAGUGUUAUAGAAUAGCAUUAUUGAAUAUUUUAACGAGUAUGUAAGAGAUGGCACUACCAGUCACUUAUUUUUCUUAGUAACAUCUAGUGACAGAUAGCUCAACUACAGCUAGCCUUAAAACAUAUAUUCAUAUUUCAGUUUAUAUUUUUCUCAAAAGAUGUGAGCAUCAUCGCUACGGUUGCAGUAUAUAACGGUAAGGAACUUAAGCACUGCAGUUGACCAUCUACCGACAGACAUAUCAACUAAGCAUGCAUACAGAUUAUUAGAUCACACCAGACAUAAACCCUUCUGGAUCACAUCGUUCUCAUUUUGAUGUUCUGAGCGAGUUGUAAUUGUAUGCUGUAUUGAUUUAUAGGCAACACACAUAGCGUUUUCUUGCAUUAUAUUUGUU